GACCGCCUGACGGCGAGGGCAACAAAGAUGGCUAUGGUUAUGUCCGCCAUUUUCUAAAGUGAGAUAGAACAAGUUGUUUUUACUGAUUUUCUCGAAAAUUACGCCGUUUUCUAUUCCAUUUUGAACGGGUUAUGAACCUACGGGUUCGAAUUUUCCUAAAAUCGACACCGGGGGGCAGAAUCAAAUCGAAAAUCCUAUAUUAUUCCUUGAAUCCAGUUCGGCGUCUUCUAGAAGCGUUUUAGUGAUAGAGGAGAGCACAGACCGAACCAUGUUCGACCCCAAUACAAUCACGACCCAGCAGUCGCAGAUCCAAUACCAACAACAGCAACCACAGCAGACUGAUAAAGACAAGAAUCAGGAUGGCACUCAGAAGGAGACCUUCCCUUCCUUCUGCUAUGCAAACGUAAACAUGAUCCACAAGAUCACCCCCAACACAACCCAGCCUCAGCACUCCACAGUCAACAUGUCGCAGCUAUCAGACGACAAGUGCUACAUUACCCAACCUUUCAGUUACAACUACGCUUUGGUCAAUCAGAUGUCUCUGACCCAAAAUACGAUAACAUUCAAGUGCGAGAUAUGCGGUCUUAUGUUCGCACAUCUGUCCCUGCUCAAUCAUCACAAGAGAACCACUCAUCAGCAAGGAGACCAAGAAUUUUUCGCAGGCCAAAUCCAGCAACCCCAACAGAUAACGCUUCAGGUGCAGCCGCAACAGCAGCAAACCACCCAGAUCCAGAUAGUGUCGGCCGACCGUAUCCGAUUCUCCUGCGAAGAAUGCGGCCUCACCUUCGCCACCCAGCAGGAGCUGAAGACGCACAAGAUACAGAGCCACUCAGCCGGACAACAGGUGGUCACCACCCAGGUGGUUACCACGCAGGCCCAGCCGAACACGCUCAAGAUCAAAAACUGCGAGAGCUGCGGCGCCCCCUUGCCUCAGGACAACAACAAGAAGAGGGCCGUGAUGAAGGUCAAGUGCGAGAGCUGUUUAUCCGCCGAGGCCAUACAACCGCAGAUUUUUGUCGUGGCCACAGCACCAGACACUUCGACCGUCAAGUUUGAAGAGUCCACCGGUACUCAGACCACCAGCACGAAUCUAGAAUUUCAAAUCACAGGAACCCAAAAUACGAUACCCAUAGGAGUCAAGAACAAUCAUCCGGUGAAGAGGAGAGGUUUUGCUAGUGCUAUGAAGUGCACCAAAUGCAACGGUAGUGGGAUUAUAUUCAUAGGAGGGGCCAAAAACCAGCAGAACAACGUCGACAAACCUUUUCACUGCAACAUCUGCAAUGGUUCGUUCAGCAGAUACUCAUCACUUUGGUCGCACAAGAGGCUGCACACAGGUGAGAAGAAUUUCAAGUGUAACAUCUGUGGAUUAGCUUUCGCUAAGGCUGCAUACCUCAAGAAUCAUUCCAGGAUACACACAGGAGAGAAACCUUAUAGGUGCAACGUCUGCGGCAUGCAGUUCUCCCAGUCCCCCCACCUGAAGAACCACGAGCGCAUCCAUUCUGGCGAGCGGCCCUAUGUGUGCGAGGUUUGCGAGAAAAAAUUCGCCCGUCACUCAACCCUCUGGAACCACAGGAGGAUACACACCGGCGAGAAGCCCUACAGGUGCGACAUCUGUGGCUCCUGCUUCAACCAAGCCACCCACCUAAAGAACCACGCCAAGGUCCACUCGGGCGAGAAACCUUUCAAAUGCGACAUUUGCGCUGUAGGAUUCUCCGACAGGUUCGCCCUGAAACGGCACAGGAACAUCCACGAGAAGUACGGUCGCACCAAACCCCAAGUGACCACCUCCUCGACGGACGAGGCGCAAACGCUCAACGCCACCACCGACUCCAACACCUCGAUGUCGACCACCGUGCAGGAAGCCCAGGAGCUCGAGACCCAGUACGAGGCCAAGUACGAACAGGAGGAACAGGUCGAGUUGACGGAAGAAAUGACUGACAUUUCCGAGCUUCAGGUGCAGCUUGCUUAGGGACUGACCCGAGAAGGGGGGAAGGACCAGUGAAGACUUCUGUCGAGCCAAAUUCGGUGCCAUGUCUUUGUGUCGGCGUGAAAGUUAGAUUACGAUAUAUCGGAUAAAUUCAGACGGUCAAACUGUCGUGAAUUGUAUAGGUUAAGUGAAUCAAAAAGAGCGCUGUGUUACUAGGGAUACAGUUUGUGUUAUAUAUGAACGAUAAUUUUAAUUUUGAAUCGAAGGCUUCCCUAAUCAGAUCGAAGAACUGAACCUGAAAUGGUAAUUUGUGAUAAGUAGUCAUUAGUGCCAUCCAUUUGUAAUAAACGAGGUACAUGAUUUUUUUCAUUUAAUUUUGCUGCAUUAUUGGUAUUGUUGAAAAUCCAUGUAAACUCUAAAUGUCUGAGUAUUUAAAAAAAUGUAUCAGCUUGAGGGUGCUAGAAACACGAUAUCUUCUAACAUGAGGAAUUGUUACUUUGAAUUUUUUUUUAGAUUGAUCAAUUUUAUGAUUUAACUGUGAAAGCAAUAUUGUUAUCGAAACGAUCUUUGUGAACUGAGAUUAUGUUGAAAUUUAUUCAUGAAAUGAAAAAUUUAAUUUUGAUUUAUCAAAUGUACAUUGUUUUUCAUGAAAUGUAGGUCUAUGUGUCUCUUAUCAGUAUUGUACAUAUAUUUCGAUCAUAUAAUGAUUAAGAAUAUACUGUCUUUAGUA